AAUUAAAGGAGCUUUUAGAAAGCCCUAAAAGCUUUAACUAUUUUCUCAAUUCCCUCACUUUCCCCUUGUUUCACUAGCCGAAUGGCUAAGCCUCAAAAGCUGUUGAAAUCUGACCGCAACAACGGAGGGCCUGAGCGCGUCGUGACUCCGGUCAUGAAGACGUGGAGGAGGGCGACGUGGUACGUGGGUGCGAACGUGGAGCAAGGCACGCGUGUAUGGAGGAGGCGGUCGUAGCUGCGGCGCAAAGGAAGCUUCUAGUGUUUAGAGUUUGCUGAAAAGUGUUUUGAGUUUGGGGCUAUUUGGGUUAGUCUUAUUUUGGGCUUAUAAUUGGGUUUGUUGUUUUUGUAAUUUUAGAUUUUUUUAUGUGGAUUAUUUGGUUUUAUUUAUUGGGCUGAAAUUAGUAGCCCAGGUUAAAAUUGGAUCUUACAAUUUAGUUGAUUUUUUUUUAAAUAAUUGAAGUGAAAUAAAUAAAGGGAAAAAAACAGACUUGUGAAUUUUUGAGAUAAGCACAUCUACGGUGCUAACAUGUUUCCUCUUUAUAUAUGUAAUAGAUUUUCACAUUAGGCCAACAAAAAAAAAAAGAAUAAAAUUGCAAAAGUAGUGGCAUGAAAGCAGGUGUGUUAUUGGCAAAACAUGAAUGCAUUAUUCCUUUCAUUGGAAUUGCUUUUUGCUCACACCACUUGCUUCUCCUCCUUACUCAUCUCAGCAUGGCCUCAAAACCCUUCAUCGCAUUAGCCACCGCUGUUUUCUUCUUCUCCCUCAUCGCCGUCAAUCAUUUUGGGAAACCUUUCCAGGGAAAACUUGGGGAAAUGGAAGUUGUCCCAAUUACGGAUACCGUAGGACCUGAAAGUGUAGCAUUUCACCCACUUGGAGACGGUCCCUACGUCGGAAUAUCCGACGGUCGGAUUAUCAAGUGGCAACCAAAUGAGCAUCGGUGGAUCAGUUUUGGCAUCACUUCUCCUAACAGAGAAGGGUGUGAAGGGAAACACGAUCAUGAGACAAGGGAACACAUAUGUGGACGUCCAUUAGGCAUAUGCUUCCACGAGACUACCGGUGACCUUUACAUCGCGGAUGCAUACAUGGGACUACUAAAACUAGGUCCAGCAGGUGGCUUAGCCACUCCUAUCCCAACGCAUGCUCAACCUCAACCUAUCCCUUUCACAUUCACCAAUAGCUUGGACAUCAAUCAAUCUGAUGGCUCCAUUUAUUUCACCCACACCUCUUCUCUUUAUCACAGGAGGAACCAUAUAGCAGUGGUUCUAAGUGGGGAUAAAACAGGAAUGCUGUUGAAAUACGAGCAAGAAAGCAAACAAAUCACUGUCCUUCUAACCAAUCUUUCGUUCCCAAAUGGAGUGGCAUUAAGCAAAGAUGGCAGCUUUCUUGUGUUUGCAGAAACCACCAAAUGCAGGAUCCUAAGGUACUGGUUAUCAACACCCAAAGCUGGAAACCUGGAAACAUUGGCACAACUCCCAGGAUUCCCAGAUAAUAUCAAAAGGAGCCCCAGAGGAGGAUUUUGGGUGGCCAUUCAUUCACGAAGAUGCAAGGUUUUGUCAUGGAUUCUUUCGUAUUCAAAACUAGGGAAUGCUUUGAUUUGGGUAUUGCCUGUUGAUGUCAUUACCAAAGCUUAUUCAGUGAUGUCGAAGUAUUUAGGGAGUGGGCUGGCAAUGAGGAUAAGUGAAGAGGGUGUUAUUUUAGAAACUUUGGAACUUGAGAGUGGGAAUAAAAUGAGUUCCAUAAGUGAAGUGCAAGAGAAAGAUGACCACUUAUGGAUGGGAUCAAUUAACAUGCCUUUCCUCGGUGUGUAUAGGUUAUAAAUUUUACUUACUUUUUAAUUCCAAAAUAAUAAUAUAAAUAACUUUAAAAGGGCCUGUUCAGGAAGUCUAUCUAAUUCUCCGGAAAUGAUCAAUUUAAAUCCUUUAAUUA